AUGACCAAGUUGACCAUCUCGAUAGGCUGUGUCACCUGCAAGGCCAAACGACUGAAAUGUGAUGAGAUUAAACCAUCCUGUCAACAGUGCGAGAGACGGAAGGUGAAGUGCGGAGGCUACAAAAAGGACUUCAAAUGGCGACCCUUCGAGGAGACCAACUUGGCCCCAGGGCGACCUCCGGCGAAAGCCAAGAAAGCCACUUCUUAUCAGCCCCCAUCCACAGACAGUUUUCCCACUCCCCCAACCACUGAACAAUCGGCCUCACCGGUUCGUAUAUCUCACAAGCCCCAUGCGCCUCAUUCACCGCCGGGUUCCCCGCUGCAGAGCUCCCCCAUCAGCAUCACAAGCUUCCCAUCAGAGGCACAGUCCAUCGAGGAUUUAUCGGGAAACCGAGAAGAUAUCUCCAUGGUAGAUGGUAACAUCUCUUUGAACGUGAAUGUUUCAUUGUCGGCAGACUCUCCCCCUUUCGACUUUCUCUCCUUCCUCGAACCCUUCCAAGAUUCUUUAUCGCUGGCAAACUCUUUGGCUGCAGAUGUUGACACAGGUGCUGGUAAACAAGGGUCGCUCGACCCUGACCAACUGGAUUCUACUACAUCUGGGUUGAGUUUUUCCCAGUUGCUGGAGGAUGAAAAUGAUGACAUUGAAGAAAUCAUCCGACGGUCGGACCCAGGUCUCGGACCUUGGAACUUGAACCUACCAGAUAUAGAUACCUUCAACUUCCAAAGCUGCAACAUUCCUGGAAGCCCAUCCCUGCCCACUGGAAGCCCCGAAAUGCUUGUCUUACGAUUUGACAAGCUCACAUGUGGAAUUCUCUCUGUCAAAGACGGCGCUUCGGAGAACCCGUGGCGUACCCUUGUCUGGCCUCUGGCAAAAGACACACCGGCACUGCGUCAUGCCAUUUUCGCCCUGGCAGCUUUCCAUUCGGGCAAGGAGAACCCUUAUCUCCGGAUUCAGGGAGUCAAACACAUGAGACAAAGCAUGGCAAAUCUUGUCGAGAACAUCCAGAACAUGAGAUCGGACACCGCGCUGGCCACUAGCUUGGCGUUGGCGUUUGCCGACACUUGGGAUCAACACACACGGACUUGUAUCCAGCACCUCCGUGGGGCGAAAGCACUCAUGUCUCAGGUAAUUGCGACUGGGAUGCAAGGAAACGCCAGCGACGAGGAGCUGGACCGCAUCCGUUUUCUAUACAACACAUGGACAUAUAUGGAUGUCAUAGCGCGCAUGACUUCGCUGGAUGAUUGUGGUCCCCACAACUGGAACUCUUCGGUAUUCGACCUUCCCAGCACUACGGUUCAUGAUAUAGACCCAUUGAUGGGCUGUGCAGCCACACUAUAUCCCCUGAUGGGUCGAGUGGCUAAGCUGAUCCAACUUGUGCGAAAGAGUGUGUCGAAUACCGUAUCGGUUGUGGCACAAGGGAUGGAACUCAAGGCUCUUCUUGAGCAAUGGGAACCCCCACGCUGGUUUGAGCCUCCUGAAGACCCUCAUUCGGAGGUUCAGCAUAGCAUUCAAGUUGCGCAUGCCUACCGUUGGGCUACACUGCUUUACCUGCACCAAUCUGUCCCAGAGAUUCCCUCUGAGCCCGCCGACGAGUUAGCGAAACGUGUACUGAUCCUGUUGGCAACUGUUCCGUACACAUCUCGCACCACCAUCAUCCAGAUGUUCCCUCUAGUGGUUGCUGGAGCUGAGGUCGAUGCUGACGAUGACCGCAAGUGGGUCUUGGACAGAUGGACCACGAUUCAGGCGCGGCUAAUGCUGGGUGGGGUGGACCGGUGUCUGGAGGUCUUGAAGGAAGUAUGGGGCCGACGUGAUGCAAUGAAUGCUCGUAGAGAGCAUGAGAUGGGCUCACGGCGGGCUGGAUCAGCUUCUUCAGCUUCAGACCGGGAGCGAACAAGCUCAUCCCUACCAAAUGAUUUUAACAACUACAGUUUGAAUGGUUUCCACAAAAGUGCUAUGGCCGGAAGAGGAGCAUCGAGACACGCGCGUCGAGGCUCUGCUUUGACUUCGUUGGAGAAUAUCGAAUUUGAGAGAACUGUUCGUGGCAAGUUGCAUUGGGUUAAUGUAAUGGCUGAAUGGGGAUGGGACGGUUGGUUUCCACGCAUCCAUUUUGACUGA